CCUUGCAGGGCACGUGCCAGCCUUGCAGGGCACGUGCCAGCCUUGCCGGGGGCGAUUGGGUGGAGAGGGGCGGCACAGGGGGAGUGGGCGGCCCCAGGGGGGAGUGGGCGGCACAAGGGGGAGUGGGCGGCACAGGGGGGAGUGGGCGGCACAGGGGGGAGUGGGCGGCACAGGGGGGGAGAGGGGGCGGCACAGGGGGGAGUGAGCGGCACAGGGAGGAGAGGGGGGGGCACAGGGGGUAGUGGGCGGCACAGGGGGGAGACACGGCGGUACAGGGGGGAGUGGGCGGCACAGGGGAGAGUGGGCAGCACAGGGGGGGAGUGGGCGGUACAGGGGGGGAGAUGGGGCGGUACAGGGGGGAGAGGCCAGCAUGGGAGGGUGGAGGAGGGCACAAACCCCUCAUUCCCUGGCGACACACUCCUCACCCAAUGCCAUCCCCUGCCAUCCCCUGCCAUCCCCUGCCAUCCACUGACGCCCACCUCACUCCACCGACUGCCACCGCGAGCUACCGUUCUGUCUUGUUUCUUCCACGCAACUGCGACUUCCUUUCCCGCCUUCCCUGUCUCUCCCAAACCUCCUCUCCCCUCCUUCCCUCGCUCCACUCAUAUACCCCUUGCCAUCCCUCACCUCCUUCCCGUUCGCCUCCCCUCUCAGUUUCUCAACUCCCUUCCACCUCGUCUCGCCCAUCCCCUUUCCCCCCUGUGCUCCAUUCACAUCGCCCUGCUCCCUUUUUCCCCCCUACUUCGUCUUGUUCCCCAUUAA